UCGCCAAUCAUGGCCCUCCGCGCACUGUUCGUGUCGGUUCUCGUGUCGUUGACAGCCGGCGAGAUCGUCGUCUACAACUGUUGUCCCAAUGGAACCAUGGUGGAGGAAGACCAUUCGUGCAAACCCAUCUCAAUACCUACUUGGUUACCCGCGGUUUAUUCCCCAGGGAACGGUCUAUACGAACCGAACACUCUUCCAGGGGGUUGGAAAAUGCAAGAGAACACUUUUCCCGCGUGUGACUCGGGUGCGAUUCCUUACUUCUUCCCUUCUGUCGCCGACCCGAAUAAACCCCCUUCGUUCGUUCUCCUGGACAACGGAUCUCUAGUGCUAACAGUGCCUCAUGUCCAAGAAAUCCCACCCAUAGACCCGGGUAAGUACUGUGUCAACAUCGCCGGCUGUUUCGUGUGUCCUCCCACAGCGGAGAGUCAAGCGUCUACUCAGUUACCCAGGGUAAAGAAGUGUUGCGGGAGAAAGGCGGUGUUCAGCGAAAGAAGUUCCUCGUGUAAAGUUCACUCGCAGAACUUGAACAUACCCAACGUCACCUUCGUGGAGGGUUUCCCCGUGUGUGCGGAGUCUGAAGGGUUUGUGAUCUCCGGGAAGUUGGAUGACACCCACAAACUUCUUCCCGACGGGACCUUGAGCUUCAGGAACAACGUGAUUCAGGAGUUCUGCAUCGAACACAUCUUCGAGCAUCCCAACGACGGUGUGAACGUGUUUACUUGUCCUGACGCCGUGGAAGGUAUCCUCGCUAGAGACGACAUCCGUUUCACCUUGUACCCCAUCGGACUGUUCCUGUCCGUGGUGUUCCUGGCCGUGACCCUGGUCGCCUCCUGUCUGCUACCCUCCACCUACCACGUGCUACACUGGAGAUGUCAGACCAACCAUGUAGCCUGUCUGUUGGUAGGCGACCUCCUGCUGGCCGUCACACAACUGUCUGGCGACGCUUUGGAUGGUCCUGCUUGUGCUGCUAUAGCAAUCGCGAUGCACUUCAUGUUCCUUGCUGCUUUCUUCUGGCUCAACACAAUGUGCUUCAACAUCUGGUGGACGUUUAGAGACCUGCGGCCAUCCAACCUAGACAAGGGCCAGGAGGCUUGCCGCCUGAGGUUCUAUGAGCUGUACGCCUGGGGAGGACCCUUGCUGAUUGCAGGCGUAGCUGCUGUGUGCGACCACCUACCUGAAGACUCAUACCCCAACCUGCUCAAGCCUAGGUUUGGAGAGAAGCGCUGUUGGUUCUAUGGUGACACGGAAGUAUUCUCCUAUUUCUUUGGACCAAUCGCAGUUCUGCUGCUCCUCAACUUGACUCUGUUUGCUGCGACUGCUCGAGAACUCACUUGUGGACUUUGGAAGACGGAAGUUGUCAAAUCUAACACAGAAAGGGCGACUCUAGGGCGAGUGUGCCUCAAGCUGGUUGUGGUGAUGGGUGUAACAUGGGUCGCUGAUGUUGUCUCGUGGGUCGUCGGAGGUCCCAACUAUCUCUGGUACCUCACUGACCUCAUCAACGCCCUUCAGGGUGUUCUCAUCUUCGCUGUCGUAGGCUGCCAACCUCAGGUCUGGGCAGGACUCAAGCGACUCUGGUGUUACCGGGACUCCCCCGGGGAUGGCAACCACGCAAGGUCGUCCUCAUCCAAUGCGCUGCCCUCCUGCGGUGAACAAAACACCUCGACGACAAAGGGGAUGGAGACAUUGUGUUAGUUCAUGCUUCCGUGUACAUAUGUAUAGUGUGUUCAUAGCUUUACGACUAGCAAGUAUUUUAUAAUCAGACAAUAGUUUGCUUUAUGUGAUUCCCCUUUGUGAUAUCAAAGCUUUGCUUUUACUGUGGGAAUCAAUUAAACAUUUUGAAAUUGGAAGAAUUGUUACAAGUACAAAUAUAUUUUUACACUUUGUUAAUUAACCCAAUUGAAAUAUUGGGAAAACUGACUUUGAGGUUUUGUAAUUUUUCGACAUAGACUCUGAACUGUGUGCAUUAAGAAAAUACAUAUUUUGAUAGUGAUGUUUGUUCAAACGGAAAUCUCGUGUUCAAGCUCAUGUUGGUAAUUGACUUAAAUUUAUAUUACCGGUAUUACUGUAUAGAACAUUGAUACUGUUUGUAAUAUUUUUGGCUAUUUUAGUGCCAAUUUUGCAUAGGCCUACACACAACUAUUUUUUUUAGAUAUAAAAGUCCUGACAAAAGUUUUUUGUACCUUUCACAAAAGUUAAAAAUAUUUUUAGAUUUUGAAGGAAUUUGGAUUUGACAAUUUAAAAAGACUCAUGAAAUGAACCAUCAUCAAUGAACAGUUUAUGCAAGGAGGUUUAUUUACAAGUUUCAUUAUGGCUUUUGAACUAGAUAAUGAUUAUUGUUAACAUUUCCCCAUCAUUAGAAUGUAGUAAAUGUAAAGAAUUUUUUGACUUGUCAAAAUGUAAAUUGCUGUUCAAAGUUAAUAGUCGCUAAGCUCUACGCCUCCUGUUUGAUUAAUUAAAAUCCUCCACAACUGAAUUUAUAUGUGUUUAGUGAUAGUAUGUAUUUUUUUGUAAAUAUUAGAAACUAGGUUGACAUAAGUAUUUUUAACAAUAUAAGCUUUAGCUGUUAUGUUUUAGUAUUAUUUGUUUCUUAUGUUUAUUUUUGUAAACAUUUAUGAUAUUUGGUUUGCUACAAUUUGGGUUCAGAUCUUUGUUAUUAAAACUAGAUAUUUUUUAAUAAUAGGUAAAUUAUCAAAAUUGAUUAAAAUAAUUGAAUUUACUUUAUCUUUAAAGUUAUAGUUUGUUUGGACUUUAUAACUUGAAAUUAAAUAAACAAAAAAAAAUAAAAACUACCCAUUUUGAAGAAUAGGUUUUAUGUGUCCCAAAUGGUUGGGUUUCAGUUUCAAGCUUGUACUAUAUUGAUAAAAGAAAAUUGAGCAUUUGAAACGACUUUUAAACAAUUCUGGUUGCCUAAUAUGAUUUGAAACCUAAUAAAGAUCUGAAUCGAGCGAUUUUAGAAUGAAAUACCAAAUAAAAGCAUUUCUGCCAAGAACAAGACUGAUACAGCAGAUAGCCAAAUAGUUGUUGUUUCUUUUGUUUAAAUGUUGUUAACCACUUUUGUAACUUAAGCUGAUAGUCUUCUGUUUACUGUAGUAAUCCAUUUGGCAGCUUGUUUUGCAGGAUAAGAAAACGACAGUGUUGGUUGUUUCGAAAACCAAUAAAAGUAUUUUUUUGAAUUUUAA